UCGAAAAACCAUGCCGAACAGGUCAGCAUAACACUUAAAUUUUCUGGAAAAUUGCAGUUUUUCCUCAAUCAUUUGUGUUAGUCUGGUUAGUUGUUUGAAUUGAAAAUGAUGCUGAAUCGGUUAACGUCGUUUUUUAAAGUGCCAUGUAGGAAAUUGCUCACAACUUCACUGAAAACCCUGUCCGUCACACCAACAACCUUCCCAACGGCACCUACUGCACUACCGGUCAAUUCUAUCCUUUCUCGCUACAACUCCUCGUUAGUCUCCCCACAACCGAGUGCAUCUAUCGUGCAAGAUGUGAAAAACCAGAUCGAAUCCGGUACCGAGGGACGACUUUUUGCCGUUGUUCAACUGUGCGGUAAACAGUUCAAAAUCACCACCGGUGACAUUAUCAUCGUGGAAGGUUACUGGCCACCCACUAAUGGCGAUAAAAUUCGUCUGGAUAAGGUUUUGCUGGCAGGAGGGAAGGACUUUUCUCUCAUCGGAAAGCCAUUGGUUUCCCUCGGUUUGGUUGACAUUCAAGCAACGAUUAUCGAAAAAUCACUUUCUCACACGAAAACGCAUUUCCGGAAGAAGAGAAGGAAGCAGUACGAGAGGAUCAACUUUUACCGCACCCAGCAAACGAUGAUUCGCAUAAAUUCUAUUAAAGUUAAAUCCGGAGGAUUUAACGAACAAAGCAAGGCCGGACAGCAAGAAGUGGAGCGGUUUUGUUAAGUUUUUGGAUUCGGCUAAAUUGUAGAUGCGAUUAUAGGGUAAUAAAUGGA